AUGCAUGACAUUAAAAAAAGAAUCGUGGGCACUCCGCGACUUGCCUCGGCACGGGUGCGGCGUCACACGGUUGUUGUGCGCUGCUGCUUCCGGCUGGCGCAGGCGUCGAGGUGGGCCGUUUUUUUUCUUCUCUUGCUCGCAUUCGCCGAGGGUUUGCUCCAACGCAUUGGUGCCUGCACGGACACUGCCUCGUUGCGGGGUGACGCCUUUGAAGAGGAGAGCAGUGCGCCUUGGCGCGGCAAUUGGAAGUAUUAUUUUGUGUCCUCUUUUUGGCGUCCACGGCACGGAUGCGUCUUGAGCACACGUGCGGUUACAGGGCAUCUCCGCGCGGAUGGCGGUGUCGCGCGGUCUUUACUUUAG